AUGUACUCCGCUGUGCUACCGAUCGCUGCCGCCCAAAAACCGCGCAAUAUCUCGACCGCCUCCUUCGAUCCAUCCAUCCGGCAGUUCCUCGUGAAGCUCGCGGAACACCAGCCGUGCUUUUCCAUGAGUUCUGCCAACGUCGCUAUAAUGCACGAACCGCGAUUAUUCUACCAGACGUUGCUAAGUAUGAUACGAAAGGCGCGACACAGACUAUUCAUAUCAUCCCUCUACAUAGGCUCGGAAGACGUCGAGCUCAUAGAUGCUAUACAUGCAUCUCUCCGUGAUAAUCCUGCCCUCCAUGUCUACCUACACCUCGACCUUAAUCGCUCUACUCGCCCGGGGCCCGAUUCUACCACGCACGUUCUCUUGCCGCUACUGCGCGAACACCCAGAUAGAGUGCACGUGUCGCUGUUCCGCAGCCCUAAACUCAAGGGCCUUAUGGCACGCAUUGUACCUCCCCGAUUCAACGAGGGCUGGGGUACUUGGCACCCUAAAGUCUACGGUGCUGAUGACUCCUUAGUAAUAUCUGGAGCGAACAUGAACACCUCGUAUUUCACCAACCGUCAGGACCGAUACCUGCAGUUCACCGAUCAGAGUCGCUUAGCUGAUUAUUGCUUCGACUUCUUGCAAGCCGCGUCGACAUUCUCAUACGGUCUCCUGCCGUCACCUCAUUCUCCAGAAGACUAUAUUCUGCACUGGCCAGACGCCAUGACACACCCACACCGAAUAGAGGCAAAAGCGCAGCAGGUCCUCGCUACGUUCCAAAGAUCUCAACAUCUCGCUUCUCCCGCGCCUCUCACCGUCCCUGCGGACAAAGGGCCGCUUCACACCGUCGAGAGCGAGCACGACGUAUUGGUAUUCCCCGUCAUCCAAGCAGGGCAAUUCAACAUUCGCGAGGAAGAACGGUGUUUGGGCCUUCUGUUCCGCGAGCUAUCCGCACAGCAGCCGCCCCAGUUACCAUGGCCCUCGAAAUACGAUGGUCCCGUGGUCGACCUCACGAGUGGCUACUUCGCGCUGUACAAGCCAUACCAGCAAGCGGUCAUCCACUCCCGGCUCGCAUGUAGAAUUCUCGCAGCCAGCCCGAAGGCGAAUGGAUUCUAUGCCUCGAAAGGCGUCUCAGGACGCAUUCCAGAGGCUUACACGCUCUUUGAACGGCGGUUCAUGAGCGCCGUGCGCGCCGCCGGCAAAGAGUGGCCCCAGGGUUCGGAGGCCCUCUCCGCAGUGCUGCUGAGCGAGUGGGAACGCCAAGGUUGGACGUACCAUGCCAAAGGCGUGUGGGUUCGUCCAACUCCGUCUUCGACGCCCGCGUUGACUCUGUUCGGUUCGACGAAUCUCAAUUCCCGGUCCGCGAACCUCGAUACCGAGCUGUCAUUCGUGUUGGCAACAACGUCACCGGUGCUCCGGCAACGCCUCGGUGAGGAGGUUGACGGACUGCGCGCACACGCGCGCACAUGGCGCGGUGAAGACAACUCCGAGGAGAGACGAGUACGUCUGGGAACGCGGCUUUUGGUCGGCGCUGUAGGAGGCAUGUUGUAG